AUGAGGAAUUUCCGCAGACCGAAGUUCAUGAGUUCACCCAGCCUCAGCGACCUGGGAAAGAGCGAGCAGGCAACCUUGGAUGAGCGGGGGACCCAGCAGCGACGCGCCGGCUCCAACGCCACCUGGAACAGCAUACAGAAUGCUGUAAUCGCUGUAUUCCAGCGGAAGGGUUUACCCGAUAAUGAACUCUAUAGUCUCAACGAAGGAGUCAGACAGUUGUUGAAAACAGAACUUGGAUCAUUUUUCACUGAGUAUCUUCAGUGGUUUCCUUGUUUUUCUACAGUGUAUGGACAUCACCUGGCUAGACUUCCUCUGGAAGCUUUUGACGAACCCGGAAAGGAACCCACCGUUCGACAGAUAGCCCUACUGCAUUUCAGGAAUAUUAUCACACUAAACGUGAAACUAGAAGAUGCUCUGUCACGGCCACGUGCGAGAGUCCCACCUUCACUCAUUCAGAUGCUGCUUAUAUUGCAGGGAGUUCAUGAAUCUAAGGGUGUGACAGGGGAUUACCUGCGGCUGGAGAUGCUGAUACAGAAGGUGGUGUCUCCAUACUUGGGAACGUAUGGACUGCACGCAGGGAACGAACAAGCUACACAUUCAGCAUCUUUUCUGGAGAAACGAUUGUUUCCACGCUGUUCCAAAUCAAAUGAAAUUCUGACCAAGAACCCAGUGGUGCGCUCCAAGAGCUACAACAAUCCGAUGUUAACCCCAGUCGCAGAAUACGAAAGCGAAGGAAGUCUGGUGAAUGGCACAAGUAUCAGAAGGCACUCUGUGUCAGAAAUGACAACUUGCAUCGAGUCUGAAGGCUAUUUAAAUCUCAGUCCCUGUGUCACAACCCCCAUUGUAGACCCAAUCUCCAUCAUGACUGCCACAGCAGCACAGAAUCACUUGCCCAGAGAGCAAGAGCCAGGUAGCAUACGAACCAUUAAUGAACUUCUCCAGUGCAAAACGAUGAGUGAACCCAUCAUCAGCCAGCAACCGGAUUGUUUCCUCAUUCAGCGUCCACAAGAUGACCAAGACAAUGCCUUUAAGUUAUCAAGUAGUCCUUCCAUGCUACCUGAAGCAUCAACCAGUCCUGAAAGCACAGGAGACAACACUUUGGAAUCAGUGGGUACAGACUCCGAGGGGAUUUUUCUUGACUUUGGUCAUAGAUGUUCUGAGACACCAACGUACAACAGAGAGUUGAACAGACAAAGUGUGGUGUGACAUUAAGAACAGCAAAAUUAAUAAUGCAAUGAUGCAAUAAAGGAAAGUCCCCACAACUACAGCCAAGCUGUCACUGUUGCACUGCCAGUUAUCAGAUGUUGAAGUAUUUUUAAAUUCGUCAAACUGAAGAAGAUGAUUUCUGAUACAUAAGUUGAAUUUGAAGUACGAAUCAUUACUAAAACCAGCAAUGUCUACUGUCUACAGCUAAUUUAGUUGAGCCUAAGGCACUGUUGUAAUUUAUGUAUUGAAUGGUUGUACCAACUCCAGCCAAAACCAACAGAAAGAGAGACAAAUUCCUGGUUUUCCCAUUUCUCCACUCUUUAACACUCCAAUAACCUGUGGCUUGGCAGGACGAAAGACUCUGGACUUAUUUCCGCAGUGCACAAACUCAAAUCAAAUUAGGUUAAUCUCAGUUAUUGUUUUUUUUUCUGGCUCUGUGUUUUUGCUGCAAUUUCAGUUUAUGGCAGAUUUUCAGAGAAGCAGAGCAGUGGACUUUAAGUGACAGAAUAUUUUAAUUUCUUUUAUUCUUUCUUGGCAUGAGAGUCUACUGGCCAGGCCAGCGUUUAUUGCCCAUCCCUAAUUGUCCCUGAGCUGAGUCGAUUACUUGACCAUUUCAAAGGGCAGUUAAGAAUGAACCACAGAACGAAGUCUUCAUUAAAAGAGAGUAUUCAGAGUUCAGAGAUAACAAGGUGUAGAGCUGGAUGAACACAGCAGGCUAAGCAGCAUCAGAGGAGCAGGAAGGUUGACGUUUCGGGCCUAGACCCUUCUUCAGAAAAGUUCUUAAGAGUUCAGUUUGUAUUUCAAAGUAGCAGCCAAGUUGGUAUUUCUCAAUUGAAAUACUUUGUGACCAAAAUGCUUUCACAAGUCACCUUUCUUUACCCAUUCUAAAUUACAAAAGAUGCCCUCAUGUACUACAUAUUUCGCAUAGAUUGCAAUGAUUCUUAUAGGCUUAUGAUUUGUAGAUUUUUUUAAAACCCUUGUCAUUUGUACAAUACUUUUACGUGUAGCCUUUCACGUGGAUAAGUCUACUAUAUAAAUUGUAACUAUUGAGAAAAAAACAUUGCUGACUCUGAUUGAAAAAUACUGAACAGCCCCUAAUGAAGCCUUCCAUUGGAAGAUAUCAGAGCUGUUAACCUUUGACAACUUUUCCACUGCUGCCUGGGCUCAGUAUCAUGAUUUGCAUUACACUGGCAAAUGAGUGGGACCAGUUGAUCUGUGAAAGAAACAUAAAAGGGAGUUUAAUUCAAAACAAGUGUUUCAGAGAGAACCAUACAUUCAGUAACAAAAGUGUUUGAAAGUUGUUGGUAAGAGCACUGAUAUUUCCAUUUAGAAGAGAAAUCUGGUUCUCUUGAUUUUGUUUGAUGGUUUGCUGAGCUUGUCUCAUUCUGAUGCUGCGGUUUGAAGUCCAGAAGACUCCCUGUUUUGAGUGCUUGUUGGAUUUUACAUGGGAUACCUCUCGUGGAAAGCACUUUAUAAAUUGAAUGUAACAUAAGAGUAGAAUAUGAGAAAAACUAGAUUUAAAAAACAAUCCCCAAGACAUUUGGACCAAGAUUGCCUCAGUGGUUAGCACUGCUGCCUCGUGGCGCCAGGGACCCAGGUUCGAUUCCAGCCUCAGUCUAUGUGGAAUUUACAUGUCCUCCCCGUGUCUGCGUG